AUGGUGGUCCCUACACUCGUUCUUGCACUCGCACUCGUGGCUGUCUAUGCCCCCCCGGCUGCCAACGCCGUCCCCUUUCCGGACGACCCUUGCAAUGCGGCAACCGAAUCCCGGUCAACCUCGAUCACGCCGCAGCUGGAGCCUGCGCCGUCGGGCUACGUCCCCCGCAGCAUUGCCACGGGAGACUUUAAUGGUGACGGGAUCGAGGAUGUGGUGGUGGCGGGAACCAUGUUUGGCUUUGACCUCCGCCUCACCUCGCUUGAUGACUAUGGCUUGCCCUCGUUCACCAGCGGCUACGAUGCAUCGGGUGACUACGAGAGCGCCGAGUGUGCUGUUGUUGCCGACGUUGACGGCUCUGGUACUCUUGACUUGGUCAUCGUCGCCUCGUACCCGUCCGGUGUCCCUCCGUCGCCGAUUAGCGAGCGCCGCCAGCCGUACCUGUACUCCAACGCAGACGGCAAUGGCCUCUCCUGGUCGGUGAUCUCGGUAGCGGAAGCGAGCGACUUUAACAGCAAGACCAACACCGCGCCGCUGAGUGCCAACUCCAACCCGUGCGUGACGGCGUUUGUGGACGACAUCAGCCGGGACGGAGACGUUGAGGCUGUGUUUAUCAAUGCUAAUGGCGGCGCGGUGUACAGCUACUCUCCGCUUGACAAAAAGUUCACCUUUGUGACCUCGCUCGAGGUCACGGGCGGUGGGUCGACCACCCACGCCGAUGCAGUGCUCUCUGACUUUGACGGUGACACCGUCCUUGACCUGGCCAUUCUCCUCGCCGAUGGUCAGCUCGAGAUCGCGCUCGGCUUGCCCGGCGACGACAUGUUUGCCCGCGGUAACGUCAUCCCUGGCAGUGGUGGCCUUGCCCGGUCACUUCUUAUGGACGACAUGGACGGUGAUGGCUUGGUCCAUGACUUUAUCAUUUUUACUCAGUUGUCAGUCCCGCCGACGCUCAUCCGCGAGCUCGGCCCGAGCUCUUGGGACUCGCCGCAGCCGCUCACGAUCGACACCGGUGGCGUGUCUAUGCCCGGCAUCGCCGUCGCUAUCGACUUUGACGGCGAUGGGGUGAAGGACAUUUUCGGUGUCGGCAGCAGUGAGCUCAGCGAGGGCUCGUUCUUCCGCCGCACCUCGGCAUCGACAGCUGCGCCUGCGUUUGCCCUCCAUGGUGAGCUGCGCAGUCGUUUUGACUCGGGCUGUCCAAACACGCCCGCCCGUGCCCUUGCCGUGGCCGACAUCAACAAGGACGGCAUCGACGAGCUCGUUGUCUCGCAGCCCUGCCAAUCAUCGCCAUCCGCCUUUGUCGUCAGCACUCGUCCACUCAUGGCCGAUCGCAGAGAGCUCGGUCACCAGAACGUGUUCGCCCGGUCUGAUGCUCUUGUGGUCGAGGACUUUAAUGGCGACGCGCUGCCCGACAUUUACGGUGGUGCGUGGCUCUCGCUCGCCCGUGAUGGCCAGGGCGGCUUCAACGAUCCGUAUCUGGUGCUCUCGUCGCUGGAUGUCAAUGCCGGCUACAUCGAUGCCGCUGCUCUUGACUUUGACGCCGACGGCGAUAUGGAUCUCUUCUCAUCAGUGGAUCCGGCGUCACCGGUGGCUACCACCGCCGCGCAUCUGCGUACCGCUACGUCGACCCCGCUCUGGGUCGAGACCGGUGGUGUGGCACCUGGUGCGACGUCAGCAUGGCUUGUCGUCGCUGCGCGCGACACCAUUGUGAACGUCACGGUGGUCCAUUUUGAGCCUGAUGUUGCCACCGUCACCCUCAUCGACCGCUCGGCUACAAACGUGGCCUGGAUCCAGGCCGCUGACAUCGACGGUGACGCCACAGCAGAUAUAGUGGUUGCGCAGGGGAAGCACCUUUAUGUGGCCCGCAACAUCGACGGGACCGGCCGGUUCCCGGGAGUCACUGAGGCGUCUCUUGUCGCCUUUAAGCCGAGCGGGUUUACAUUUGACGUCGCCUCGUUUGUCAUUGCCGACGUUGACAACGACAACGUGCCCGAUGUGGUCGCUGCUGGUCCCAGUCAGGUCGAAGUGGCAUUUGGCACUUCGGGCGCUGUCCUCGCCGACGUCUUGCGGCCGCUGGUGGUGACGACCUCCAAGAGUGCGGCUUCGCCAGCGACCGCACUGCCACUGACUGUCGGUGACGUCGACAAUGACGGCUUUGCCGACAUCAUCGUCCGCGCCUCCGGCCUCAAGACGUACAUCAACCUGCUCCUCAACCGCCCAGCCCCGGGCCCUACCCAGCGGAGAUUUGCCAUAGCGGCACUUGUCGAACCGAUUUCGGGGUCGUACUCUUCAGGUACGGCCGCCAUUGUUGCCACCGACCUGACCGGUGAUGGCCUGCUCGACGUGGUCACGCACGACAGGGUGGCGGUCAACCAGGUUUCUGCAUUCCGUGGCGGGACCAUCACUGUCCAUGGCCAGCUUGCGACGGCGCUCAAUGCCGGCGCUCGGACCUGGAAUGCAUCACGGGUCGCGUCCGUUGACGUUGUUAGCUGUGGCUACACCAUCCACUGCAUCGUCAAGGCGUACAUGGCGUUUCCGGCGUGUAGUGGUGGCGCCACGCCGACGCUCACCCUCCCGGCCGGUACCUACACCGGAUGCCGUGUCGGAACCGCGCUCCAACUUCGGCGCUCGGUCAACCUUGUGGCCGAUGGCGCUGUCACCCUCGACUGCUCGGCCGGCUCGGCCACCGUCACGCUUGACGGAAUCAACUUGGUUGCUGGGACGACCGCGCCCGGCGACCCGCGCGGAACGACUGCGCUCUCGGUCAUUGGUGCCUCCUCGCAUCUUGUUCUUCGCAAUCUGGCGGUGAGUGGCGCAUCGUCGGAAGUCUCGCCAAGUGCAGUCGCGCAGAUUCUCCCGGGCUAUGGCGGCGCACUGCUGGUCGCCGACGGCGCCAGUGCCGAACUUGUCAACGUCGACGCCAUGAACAACACUGCUGCGGUGGUGGGUGCGUUCUUUGUCCUUGCCCCGAGCGGCGCCCGUGCCGCUCUCCGGGUCUACGACUCGGACAUAUCUGACAACACUGCCGAUGGCGGAAGCGGUGGUGGCGGUGCAGUUGCGCUUCGAGCCGCCGACGGUGGCUCAGGGCUCUCCUCGGAGCUUGUCGUUCUCGCCCGGACCACGCUCGCCCGCAACACCGCGAGGUGGGGUGGGGCACUAGCCGCGUUCACCGACGCCGCCUCGGUCACUGCCAACUUGCCGCGGUCGGCAGGUGAGCUGAGCCGUGCUGCAAGUGGGAGACCCAGCGCGCUCACCCGGCCCGCUGUUCACGCCAUCAAGCUGACCGACGCCGUGUUUGUCGACAACGCUGCCGCCUACGGUGGCACGCUUUUCACCUGCGGCGUGCCUGUGGCUGCCAGCAUGGCAGCUGUGCCAUCGACACAGCUGUCGUCUCGCGCAGAGAUUGGUGGCGGCUUUGCAUUUGCCUGCUCCGCGGCAAGCGACGACGCCAGCGCGAGCUCGUGGUCGGUUUCAACGCCGUCGUUUGCGGGCCUGCCUUGGCUCGGCCUCGACGCGGGCAUGGCGAGCAUGGUUGGCGACGGGAGUCUUGCCGCGCUCUACGGUCGCGUCAUGGGCACGCCGCUGGCUCGGGUCGAGUCUGCGUCGACCACAGCCGUACUCUCCAAGCCAAGCGGUGUGCCUGUGGGGCAGGAUCUGGCGUUCCGUGGCUAUGACGCGCUGGGCUCGCCCGUCAUCGACAAGUCGCUGGUGCUUGAGGUGACGCUGGCGCCGGCGACGGCGGCUGCUGGCUUCCAGCUGGGCGGCGGCGAUCCGCGGGCAUUCUUCUCGCGCGAGCGGGUGGCGUUCCCCGAGGCGGCGGUCUCCCUGGUGUCGCUCGGAGCCGGCGCACAGGUUUUCGGUGCCGACUACUCGGGCUCUGUGGCAGUUGAGCUGACGGCUAAGAUCGAGUCGGACACUAACCUCUCCGGCUCGCUCCAGGUCCUUGUCACGGCGUGUCCAGUCGGGUCGGGUCGGGUCUCGCGGCCGGAAGACGCCGUGGUGUGCGGUGUGUGCCAGGAGGGCACGCUUUCGGCCAACAUCUCGCUCGCACCGUGUGAGCCGGAGCUUGUGUGCUCGGAGGGAUUCUUCCUCCGUGGCGGCGUGUGCGUGACGUGCGAUGCAAACCAGGUCCAGGUCUCGGUGGGGCGAGACAACGCGACCGAGGCUUGUGUUUGCCAGGCGACGUUCUACACACCGGACGCGCUGCCGGACACGCGCUGCUUGCCAUGCCCGGAUGGCGGCGUGUGCGCCGGCGGAACGGCGGCGCCGGUAGCUAGCGAUGGCUUCUACGACGUGACGAAUCCGGGCGGGAGCGCGGCGUUUGCGGCGUGCCGGAGACCGUCAGCGUGCUCGGGUGGCACCGAAGUGUGCAACAAUGGAUACAGCGGGUACAUGUGUACCCGCUGUCUCGACGGCUACUACUCCGACCCGUCGCGGCGGUGCCAAAAGUGCCCUGCCGGCUCCGGCGGCCUGUUUGGCUUUGUCUGCGUCGCAGUCUUUGUCGUUGCCUUUUGCUUUGCGGGCUACCUUGCGAUCGGCCACCGCAAGUCGGGCGCGGCGCUGGUCCGAGUCAAGGGCCUGGGCGGGAAGGGCACGGUGCGUGAUGGCGAGAGCGGGGGGGAGGCCGAGUUUGAGGAGAAGCGCGACGCGCGGACCGAUCGUUCCCGGUCAGUGCCGUACUCGCUCUCGAUGGGCCUGCUCUUUCUGCAGAUUUUGGGCGUGCUGGGCACAGUCCAGCUGAGCUGGCCGUCGCAGACGCGCGACUCGCUCUCUGCGUUUAAUGCGCUCAACAUGGACAUGUCGCUUUUUGCGACCGAGUGCACGCUCACCACGUUUGCGGCCAAGUACUACCUCGGCCUUGUGUGGCCGCUGGUCAUGAUUGUGGUUCUUGUUCUCUGUUGGUUUGUGCUGCGGCUGCUCGGGGUGGGGCGAGCCGACGACGGGACGACGCUGCCCCUCUCGCGACUGCUCGAAGGCGUACUCUUCACCCUCGGCCCGCUGGCGUACAUCCCGCUCUCUCGAUCUGCGCUCAUUCUCUUUGACUGCACGCAGCUCCCGAACGGCGACUUUCACCUCGACGCCGACCUGGGUGAGCGGUGCUACGUCGACGGAUGGUGGUCGCUGCUCCCAGCCGGCAUCCUUGGCGUACUUUUGUACGUGGUGGCGGUUCCGGCGUACAUGGCGUACGUGCUUUACACUCAGCGCGACGGGCUCUUCACCGAUGAGACCGUACUCGCGCGGUACGGCUCGCUGUACAAGCUCUACAAGCGGCGGUUCUUCUACAUGGAAAUUGUGCUGCUGGGCAAGCGGCUGCUCAUUGUGGUUGUCUCGCUCUUCUUCUCGGACCUGCAGCUCUGGCUCGUGGGCGGCCUGCUUGUUGUCUUUCUCGGUUUUGCCUUUGUGGAGGUCCGGUGGGAGCCGUACUACCUCCCGGUCUACAACGUCGUCUCGAUCCAGAUCGACCUCGUGCUCUCAACGCUCCUCCUUCUCGGUUUUGCGUUUUAUGCCGACCGAUUCCCGUCGGCCACCUCGCGCGAUGUGCUCAUGGUCUUCUCGAUCAUCAUGGUUGUGCUCGGCUGCCUUGCGCUCCUGUUCGGACUCGUCCGCGAGCUGCUGGGGCGGCGGCAACGCGAGGCGGUCGAUCUGGCGCAGACCCGGUUCUGGUCCAUGCUCGACAAGGAGGGCGCCGACUGGGUCGACCAGACCGCGCUCGAGCGAGUGUGGUCGAUCCGCGAGGAGGCGAGCCCAACCCGUGCCCUCGCACCUUCCGGGUCGACCGUCGAUCUCGUCCCGGCCUCCCGCAGCGAGCAGCACAUCCGCGAGCACAUCCUCGAGCACAUCCUCGAGUACAGCCUCGAGCUAAUCGAAAUGGCUGGCGAGCGCGAGGCUCGGUCGGUCCAGCUUUCGCCGCGUCGAUUCGUGGAACUCAACCGCAACUCGGAACCGUUUGGCUUUCUGGCUGGUGGACGGGCUCAGCUAUGGCUGACAUACUCUGCAAACGAGGCGCAUGGCCUGCGGUUCCUCUUCUGCACCGACCAGCAAGUGGCUCGCAUCAACCGCGAGUUUGGCUCGGUCGGCGCACUCUGCGACGGCGGCGAUGAGGUGCAGUGCACCAUCAACGCGCCGGUGGCCAACGGAUCAUAUGCGAUGGACAUGGUGAUGACUGAGAAGAAUGUGUACUAUGCGCUACUGGGCAACUGCGAGGCGUCAUCGGCGUCGGUCCACUUUGCGUAUGUGUUUGUCAAUCCGGGCGGCGAGCACCUCUCGUUUGGCUACAUACCCAUGCCGAGCAUGUACACAUGGAUGGCAGCGGUGUGGUGCGUGGCGUUUGUGGCGUGGGCUGGCAACCGCAUCGUGCACUGGAACCGGCCGAUUGGGCUCAACUCGGUGGUGGGUGCGCUCGGUGCGGCCAAGAUUGUGUGGGCGUUGGUGGCAGCGUGGUACUGGACGCAUUUGUCGCGGUUUGGGGUGACCGAGACGCGAUUGGACUUGGUGUACUAUGCGGCGCUGGUGGCGUGCCGCUGCCUCUUCCUCGCGCUGGUGCUCCUCUAUGCCAUGGGCUGGUGCAUCACGCUUGCAGCGCUACCGCAGCCGAUGCAGCGGAUGCUCUGGGCAUGCACCGCCAUUCUCGCGGCGACCACGGUGUUUGACACGUACUCGCACUCGUACUACUUGUUUAUCGUGGUCAUUGUGUACGUCAUGCUGCUGCGGGCUGCAUUUUCGGCGCUCGCGGACAACAUCCGCACGGUCCGGCUCCAGCUGCUGACGGUCGAGUCGGGCAACAUCGACCCGAUAACCACGCCCAUUAACCACAAGCUCCUCAUGUUCCGCUGGCUUCAGUCGGCUCUGGUGUACUUUAUUGUUGCCCGGGUCCUUGUCUCGAUCGUCGCCGUCUUUGCUUUUUCCCACUACCCGUGGAUCACCGCGCUCCUUGCCGAACUUCUAGAACUUGGCCUCUACUGCUUCCUCGGCUACGUGCUGCGGCUUCGCAACUUUGCGCCGUACGAAGAGGCACCACUGGCGACGGGCUCGGGGCAGGCAAGUAGCCAUUCCGGUGCAGCUUCCCGCCGCGGCAGAAGCGCGGCGAGCGGUGCGCACCUGGACCGCGAUAUGGCGUCGGCACGCGUGGUGGGCACGCUGACGCGGUCCGCGAUUCCUGCGCCGCGGCGGAGCGGGCGCAACGGCCCGCUGCAGACCUGGCGUCCGGGCAUGGCUCUGCCUAACACUCCGGCGUUUGCGGCGGUUGCGCCGCCGUCGGAGCCGCACGUCGCGCUGGUGGUGUACCCCGCGGCGCCGCGGCGGGGUGGCAGCCGCAACGGCGGAAGAGACGACGACAGCCAGUACUCGUCCCCUCUGGUUGCGGCACACUUUGCGAUUGGCGUCAAGAUCGACGACAACGAGGCUGACCAUCAUUAA